AUGGACAAGCCGCUCGCCAACCUCCUCGCUGUCGUGCAGCUGCUCUGCCUGCCCAUCACCAAGCUCCUCCAUGCCGUGCGAUUCGUCCUGUCACCCAUCUUGCGCCUAGUCCUCUUCCUGCUGUCGCCAAUCGCCAUCGUGGGCGGCUUUGUGCUGCUCCCCUUUGUACAUCUCGCCAAGGGUCUGUUUCAUGUCGUCACGUUACCGCUGCAGGUGGAGUGGCUGGAGCGCAUCGAGACACUCUACAUCUAUCUUGGAACUGCUGGCCUCAUAGGGUGCAUGACUGGCGCCGUGCUCUACUUCAUCUUCAAGUUCUUGUCCUCAACCCUCAGCAUUGAUGCUGCCUCGAAACCCCCAGCCCGCAGAGCUCGCACCACUGCUGAGUUCAGGACUGCUCAGCGCGAGAAGCGUGAGAAGCUGUCGCCUGUUCUACAAAGUCCCAAUCGUGUGGCAGUGGACAGGACUCCCUCCUCGAGGAGAAGAGGUCUCCUGUCACAGACCAUCGUCGAGGAGGAGGAUUCAGAUCUGUAA